UUCGCGUCUCCUUACCACCAAGACCCACAUAAUCUUUAAACUUACAGUUACGUGACCUAUUCAUAAAUCUGACGAAACUAGACCAAGUUAUCACCGUACGCCCUUCUCCUCCACCUUCCCCACGCACAGCUGGCGACGACAACGGUGAGGAAGUGAUCGUUUUCUCGGGCAGUCCUUCAGUCCUACCGUGGCCAGACAGGUUCAAUAUGACGACUAACAAAGCAACGGUGUUCCUGCUCCUCGUCUGCCACGCUAUAAAGAGCACCACAACCGCGCCCUCACACACCUUUCUAAACCAGGGCCUUCUUCAGGAUAGGACACCUGCCCUAACAGUCACAGGAGGAGACAUAGAGCCUUCUCAGAGCAACAGAGGAGAAGAGAUAAGAGUGUGGAGAGAAGGGAGGGAAGGAAUGCCUGAGGGACGCGGAGGGAAGGAGACCUGCCCGCCACAAUAUCCUGCCGGAGAGUUCACCAUCUUCAGCUUCCUCUCCUUCAGUAUCCUCAUCAUGCAGUUCAUCGUCAACAUGUCCAUCAACAACAACAAUAAUAAUAACAACAACAACAACAAUAACAACAACCUAAACAAUAACAAUAAUAAUGACAACCAGAACGACAACUCCGUCAACAACGCGAACGUCGUCGAGAAUGCUGUGACAGGCACUGGUAUGGCUGGCAGGAGCUUCCCUUACCUCCCACCAACUGCAGAAGCGCCACAGCACACAGAAACGCCACAACAUACUACAGUGCGACAACAAGACGCCUUGGCAAGACAACAACAACAACACGAAGCUCCAGUCAAGACAACCUUAUCUUCCCUCACUAACUCCUCACAGUGUGUGUGUGUUCAUCCCUCGGAGUCCACCCCUAAGCUAUCCUCCACAACCCUAGCCCCUAUUGUCUCCCAUGGGGCCUCUUGCAUCUCCUGGUUACUCUGUAUAGCCGCCCAGGAACUUCAGGCCCCCGAUGAACUAUAUUUUGUCGCCUACAAGUUCUUGAUAUCCAUAGAUGAGCUGGAAACUUACCUCAUCCUAAGAGACACCGCCAAAAGUCGUGUUCAGUCACCCAGUCAACUUAACAUAGAAAACGUUAAAGAUUGUCGGGAACACUUAACCAAAUGUAUCCAAGAUGUUUUUUCUUAAU